AACCUACCACAAAAGGACCCAAAGAUGUUUGUCUUGCUCUAUGUUACAAGUUUUGCCAUUUGUGCAAGUGGACAACCUCGGGGUAAUCAGUUCAAAGGAGAGAGCUACUCCCCAAGAUAUAUCUGCAGCAUUCCUGGCUUACCUGGACCUCCAGGCCCCCCUGGAGCAAAUGGUUCCCCUGGGCCCCAUGGUCGGAUCGGCCUUCCAGGACGAGAUGGUAGAGACGGCAGGAAAGGAGAGAAAGGUGACAAGGGGGCUGCAGGUUUGAGAGGUAAGACUGGACCACUGGGCCUUGCUGGAGAAAAAGGGGACCAAGGAGAGACUGGGAAGAAAGGUCUCAUGGGACCAGAGGGAGAAAAAGGAGAAGUAGGUCCAGUUGGGCCUCCUGGACCAAAGGGAGACAGAGGAGAGCAAGGGGACCCAGGGCUGCCUGGAGUUUGUAAAUGUGGAAGCAUCGUGCUCAAAUCUGCCUUUUCUGUUGGCAUCACAACGAGCUACCCAGAAGAAAGGCUACCAAUUAUAUUUAACAAGGUCCUCUUCAAUGAGGGAGAGCACUACAACCCUGCAACGGGGAAGUUCAUCUGUGCUUUCCCAGGGAUCUAUUACUUUUCUUAUGAUAUCACAUUGGCGAAUAAGCAUCUGGCAAUUGGGCUGGUACAUAAUGGGCAGUACCGGAUAAAGACCUUCGACGCCAAUACAGGGAACCAUGACGUGGCUUCAGGUUCCACAGUCAUCUAUCUGCAGCCAGAAGAUGAGGUCUGGCUGGAGAUCUUCUUCACUGACCAGAACGGCCUCUUCUCAGACCCAGGUUGGGCAGACAGCUUGUUCUCUGGAUUUCUUCUGUACGUUGACACAGAUUAUCUAGAUUCCAUAUCAGAAGACGAUGAGCUGUGA